CCUUGCCUUGUCUUGCUUUUCUCUCCCUCUGUCUCCUCUUUCUCUCUCUCUCUUCUCUUUCUAUCAAAACUUCUAACAUACUCUUCCAGCACACAACAGAGCACGCAGCUCUGCAUUUUUUCAUCUCAACACCUAUCCCAUCCCAAGUCAACAGAUCUACCAUUCUGGCUCACAAGUCACACACACUCUCUACUCUAUUCACGACCAGGUAAGGUAAAAACUCAAUCCCCCACUUGCAAAAAAAGUCUCAAUUUUGAUCUCAAUUUCGCAUACCCAUUAUUUUUAUUAUUGUUUUACGCGUUCCCAAUGGCAUCGAGCACGAUCCGCAAGGCUAUUGGGGUUGUGAAGGACCAGACAAGUAUCAGCAUAGCAAAAGUUGCUGGGAAUUUGGCUCCAGACCUUGAAGUGUUGGUUGUUAAAGCCACUAGCCAUGAAGAAGUCCCCGCUGAUGACAAGUAUGUCAGAGAAAUCAUCGGUUUCACAUCGUAUUCGAGGAGCUACGUCAAUGCUUGUUUGAUCACCAUUUCCAAGAGGCUCAGCAAGACACGUGAUUGGAUCGUGGCCGUUAAGGCACUCAUGCUUGUUCACAGGCUUUUGGUUGAUGGGCACCCUGUGUUUGAGGAGGAGAUUGUGUUCUCAACUCGCAGAGGGAUGAGGGUUCUCAACAUGUCUGAUUUCAGAGACGAGGCGCAUUCCAGUUCUUGGGAUCAUGCUGGUUUCGUGAGGCUUUAUUCAUUGUAUCUUGACGACAAGGUUGAGUUUGUGGCGUAUCAGAGGAAGGUGAAGGGGGGUGGGGUUGAAUCUGGUGGUGAUGGUGAGUUUAAGGAUGAGUUUGGUUCUGGGAUGGGUAGGAGGACCAGUUCAUAUGGGGAUGUGAAUGAUUCAUUUGGUGGAAGAGAGCGUCAGAGUCAGAAAACUGAGGUUACCCCUGUGAGGGAAAUGAGAGCUGAGAGGGUUUUGGAGAGGUUGAAGCAUUUGCUGCAGAUUCUUGAUCGUGUAUUGGGUUGUAGGCCAAGUGGUGCUGCAAAGAAUAAUAGGCUAGUGCUGGUUGCGCUUUACCAGAUUGUGAAGGACAGUUUCAAGCUAUACGCAGAAAUAUGUGAUGUGUUGGGGGUGUUGCUCGAUCGGUUCAUGGAGAUGGAGUAUGCACAUUGUGUUAAGGCCUUUGAUUCUUAUGUCGCUGCUGCCAAAAUGAUGGAUGAGCUGAUAGGUUUCUAUGGUUGGUGUAAGGAUGUGGGAAUUGCAAGGUCAUCAGAGUACCCUGAAGUUCAGAGAAUUACUGAUAAGCUUCUGGGGAUGCUUGAGGGUUUCUUGAAGGAGAUGAGUAAUAGGCCAAAGAGCCCUGAGAAGAACAUAGAGGUGAAGGUAACUGUCAAAGAGACAGAGACAGAGCCAGAGCCAGAGCCAUAUAUCAAUGAGGUGAAGGCUCUUCCAGCACCUGAGAAUUUCACACCUCCACCACCACCUUCAGUUCCCAAGCCUAAGCCAGGUCCUUCCCAACAGGAGACAAGUGAUUUAGUGAAUCUAAGAGAUGAUGGCAUUUCAGCUGAUGAGCAAGGCAAUAAACUAGCUUUGGCAUUGUUCUCCGGACCUGCAACUGUUAGGACAGAAGGUUCAUGGGAAGCAUUUCCUUCAAAUGGGGAAUCUGAAGUGACUUCGGCGUGGCAAACACCGGCUGCUGAACCUGGUAAAGCAGAUUGGGAAUUGGCAUUGGUAGAAACUACUAGUAAUUUGUCAAAGCAGAAGGCUGAUUUGGCAGGUGGUUUUGAUCCACUGCUACUGAAUGGAAUGUAUGAUCAAGGGGCUGUGAGGCAACAUGUGAGCACAACUCAGUUGAGUGGUGGAAGUGCUAGUAGUGUUGCACUGCCUGGACCUGGUAAGAGUGCUACCCCAAUUCUGGCAUUGCCUGCUCCGGAUGGGACAGUCCAGGCCGUAGGACCACAGGAUCCAUUUGCAGCAUCCCUCUCAGUGCCACCACCUUCAUAUGUGCAAAUAGCAGACAUGGAGAGGAAGCAGCAUUUGCUUGUGCAGGAACAACAGCUAUGGCAGCAAUAUGGGAGGGAUGGGAUGCAAGGUCAAGUUGGUUUGACCCGGGUUGCUGGUGGAUCUGGCUACUAUGCUUCUGUCCCGCAACCUAUGAUUCCUUAUGGAAUGCCACAAUUUGGUGGGAUAGGGCAACCCGGAGGCUAUUACCAUCCACCUUAUUGAAUUUGAAUUGGCUCUCCUGUUGAGGGACUUGUUUUGUUGUGCCAAACUUUGUUUUUUCACGGCUACAUGGAGCUGUCCGGAAUAUCUGAGUCUCUUUUUUUGUUUGUCUUUGCGUUUGGUACAUAUACUUAAAUGUUCAAAAAAUGUUUGAAGAGUUCCUUACUUCGAAAGUUAUAUCCGAUAUAUAUAAAUUAUAAUAAUAUGAAUGUUAUGUCCUUAUCUUUUCUCGUACUUCACUUUCUGUCAUGUAAUUUUGACCCAAUUCUUAUUUUCUUCUAAUAUCAAAGUAAGAUGACUCAGAUCCUCU